AUGAUGGGUAUCGCAAUAAUCUUCGUUGGUUUCAUCGUUUUGGCCUGGAAUCAUUUUCCACCGUUUUAUCCACUUCCAAUGCUUGGUGGAUUAUUCUGGGGAGUGGCGAACAGCACAGCCAUAAUGUUAACUGAGGUGCUGGGUCUAGCUCUUGCGCUGCUAAUCUGGAACACUGUAUCCUGUAUCAUGGGAUGGGCCACAUCCCGAUUCGGUCUUUUUGGUACACUUCCAGAACCACCAAAGAGUGACCUCCUCAACUAUCUCGGACUUGUUCUAUUGGUCAUCGGGUCAGACCAUCAUGCAGAAUUUCCUCAAGCACCCGAAAAUGGCUCAGCGUAUGUGUUCUCGUACUUCACUGGAAUCCUGCUCACAACAUCGUCAAUAUUUAUUAUCUAUUCAAUUGCAAAACGUGGUCGUCCUAUGAUCUAUCGACGAUUAGUGUUGCCCUCACUGCUGUGUGGUGCUCAAUGGGCCGUUGGGAUGACACUGUUGUUUGUAGCGAACGAUAAUCUCAGUCAAACGAUCGCAUAUCCGAUAAUCACCGUACUCCCUGGAGGAGUAGCCGCUCUGUGGAGUGUUUUAUAUUUCAGAGAAAUCAAAGUCAGUCAGUCAGUUUGA